AAGUUGUGAAAUUUGCCGUCAUUUCUUACCCCAACUGAAAACCCCUGUUCUUCCGGCGAAGUCUAAGCUAGGAAGCCGAAAAUAGGCCGUUGGAGGGCCGCCAUUAGACCAAAACUCUCAAAACCCCAUUCUCGUGGCCAUUUCUUCUCCGUUCAAUAGCUGCCCAAACUAAUGGCUUCCCUAACACCAUCAUCUAUCGCUCUCUGAAACCUCCAUCUUCUUCCCAUAACCAUAUACACAUACAUACAUGUACGUAUAUGUCUUGAUUAGAUAGAUAUAUACAUACAAUACAGAUAUAUUUUGCACGCAGUAGUAGAUGGACAUACGAAGGGCGAAAACCCCCGGAACCACUGCACUAUUGUUGCCAAUCAAGCGCUCUCUAGCUUGCGUCAUAUCUACGGCUUCGGACUCCGCAGCUCCGGCGCCGUCGCCGUCGAGGCCGAAGAGAACGGUUAAUUCAAAGCCGCCGACGGGGACGCAGCGGUUGGUGGACCAGCGGUGGCUUACUUCGCUGCUCUCCAGCCGCCGUUUGGAAUACUCCAAGUGUAAAGAACUGAUAAUCCAAUUGACACCUGAUCAGUUUGAUUCCUUAUUUUCUGAUCUGUCUCCUUCCUCUCUAAUCCCAUUGACUGCUCUUAAGUUCUUCCACAUUGCGUCCGGUUCUUUUGGAUUUCGGUUCUGUGUUAGAUCUUAUUGCAAUUUGCUUCGUUUGCUUGUGGCUUCGGACCUGGAAACGCCCGCUAGAUUGCUUUUGAUAAGAUUGAUCGAUGGGAAAUCUCCUGCAUUGUUUGUUAACCCUGAUAAUAAACACGUUGAGGUUGCUGCUACCUUAGUUGAUUUAAAUGGUGUUCUGGAAACGCAUACUGCUGUCAGGAUAUAUGAUUUAUUAAUUCAUGUUUGUUGUACUCAAUUCAAGAGUGCAGGAUUUGAUAUUGCAUUGGAUGUCUUUCAGAUCUUAGCAAGUAAGGGUUUGUUUCCAUCAUUAAAGACUUGUAAUUUUCUGUUGAGCUCUCUUGUGAAGGCAAAUGAACUUCAGAAGAGUUACCAGGUUUUUGAUAUUUUGAUCCGCAGUGUUAUACCAGAUGUCUACAUGUUUAGCAUUGCUAUAAAUGCUUUUUGUAAAGGAGGGAGGGUUGAGGAAGCAAAGCUGUUGUUUCAAAAGAUGGAAGAGGUGGGUGUUGCUCCCAAUGUUGUUGUUUAUAACAACCUUAUUCUUGGGCUUUGCAAGAAUGGGAGCUUGGAAGAGGCCAUUAGGCUCAAAGAUGAAAUGAUAUGCAAUGGUCUCAAGGCAAGUGUUAUAACAUAUAGCAUGCUUAUUAAUUGUCUUGUGAAACUUGAGAAAUACGAUGAAGCCUGUUGUAUUUUGAAGGAAAUGUCACAGAAUGGCCUGUUGCCGAAUGAGGUCAUCUUCAAUACGAUGAUUGAUGGCUACUGCAAAACGGGCAACCUUGAUGAUGCCCUCAGGGUGAAAGAUGAAAUGUUAAUGCAGGGAUUUGUACCAAAUUCUGUUACUUGCAACUCAUUAGUUAAAGGUUUUUGCAAAAUGAAUCAAAUUGAUAAAGCUGAACAGCUCUUAGAAAAGAUGCUAUUGGAGGGUCUUUGCAUUAAUCUUGGUUCAUUUACAUCAGUUAUUUCUGGGCUUUGCACAAAUUCAAGUUUUGAAUCUGCAUUGCACUUGACUAGGGAAAUGAUAUUAAGAAAUUUGAAGCCAAAUGAUGGGUUAUUGACUAUAUUGGUUGGCGGACUUUGCAAGAAUAGAAAAUAUUCAGAGGCUGUUGACCUUUGGUUUUUACUGCUACAUAUGGGGUUCACUGCCAAUACAGUGACCUCGAAUGCCCUCAUUCAUGGGCUUUGUGAAUCAGGUAAUAUGCAGGAGGCUUUCAGGCUUCUUAAAGUGAUGUUGGGUAGACAUUUACAAAUGGAUAUGAUUACGUAUAACACACUAAUAUGUGCAUGUUGCAAAGACGGAAAUUUGGAUGGUGCAUUCAAGUUGAGGGAAGAAAUGGUUAAGCAAGGAAUUGCACCAGACAUUUCUACAUUUAAUUUACUUCUCCAUGGACUUUUCAACAAGCACAGGACAGAUGAAGCUUUGAUGCUUUGGAAUGAAUGCCAGAGCAUGGGUCUUGUCUGUAAUGUUCAUACGUUUGGGGUCCUGAUAAAUGGGUUUUGCAAAGCUGGGCUAGUUGAGAAGGGUAGAUAUUUUUUUGAUGAGAUGCUCAGACAGGGAAUUGCACCAAAUUCUGUAGUUUAUAACACACUUAUCUGGGCUUAUAGCAGACAUGGGAAUCUGACAGAAGCCCUUAAACUUUCUGAUGAGAUGAGAAUUAAAAGUUAUCUGCCAACGGAUGCCACCUAUUCUUCUCUUAUUCAUGGAAUGUGCAAUAUUGGUCACCUCGAGGAAGCAAGAUGCCUCAUUGAUGAAAUGAGAAAGGAAGGACUUUCACCUAAUGUUGUUUGUUUCACUGCCCUAAUAGGUGGUUAUUGUAAGUUAGGCCAGAUGGAUAAAGCUAGGAGUGUCUUGGAGGAAAUGUAUUCGUGGAAUCUACAGCCCAAUAAGAUCACUUACACAAUCAUUAUUGAUGGAUACUGUAGAUCUGGCAAGAUUAAGGAAGCUACAAGGAGUCUUGCUGAGAUGGUAAAAAAGGGAAUUACUCCAGAUUCUGUCACUUACAAUGUUUUAUCAAAGGGGUUUUACAAGGAAGGGAAAAUAGAAACUGUUUUUGGAUUGUGUGAUCAUAUGUCUGUUGCUGGACCAGGUUUGGAUGAAGUUACUUAUACUUCUUUGAUUGAUUGGUUGCCACAGCCUUCAGUAGUGGGUAACCAAGAAUGAGUGCUAGCUCUUAUUAGGUUGACAUCCUACAUUCCUAGUUUCAUAUGAUGUGAUGGACCCUCAACCUGCUAUGAGCCGUGUCCAUCCGCGAUUGCUACUUCACUUGCUGCAGCAGCAGCAGCUGCAGAGUUUCCUUGCACUAUGAAGCUUAAAAUAUGAUUGCAUGACAUUAGAGCUUCUUGUGCACCUCUUGAUGCUGAUAAAUGCUGCUUAACAAUACCACAUGCUGUAAUUUGUAGUGGGAUGGGUGCACAUUUUUCACCAUGUGGGGGAGAUUUUUGGCAGUCUGUGUUGCAUGUGUGCUGCCUAACAUGGAAACUGAUCAUGGUUUUCAUGGCCUUGUUCAUCGUGUCACCAUGGGGACUGCAAAUCGCCAACCAGAUAUCCAGUUUCAGCAUGAACUGCAGAUUUAUUCUCUUGAUGAGUCAAUGUUCAGCUCAAUGCUUGCAUCAAGAAUAAUCGUAGCUGCUCACUGUCUAACUUUAAUUCAGAUUGUGGCGGCGGCAGCAUAUGCAACAAGAAGGCAGCAGUGAAUUAUAUUACCACUCGAGCACUUGUAUUUACAUGCACACUGAAUUUUGUUAAUGGUGGCAUUAUAUACCAGAUUGUGGUGGUGGUGGUGUAUGCAAGAAGGCAGCAGUGAAUUAUACCGCCACUCGAGCACUUGUAUUUACAUGCACACUGAAUUUGAAUGAAGACAUAACACUUUUGCGUUGGUAAGCCAGUGAAGUUGUAAGUAAGAUUAACCCUGGAACUGUCAAUACAAGGUAGUCUCAUGGCUCUUAACCGGAAUAGCCUAGCAGCUUCAGAUGUGUUCCUGUUUAGAGUAAACCUACUGGUAUCAUUGGCAGAGGGAGGUGCUGGACAGGAAACUGAGAGCUUUGGUUUUUAUGUUUUUUUUGUUGAUGAAUGGAUGCAAAUGUAAAAAUUGAUGGCUUCAAUGCCCACAUUUGUUAUUGAAAUAUACUAUAUUUGUUGAAUUUCCUCUUUAGAUUUUUUUUUUAUUUUUUAUUUUUUUUUUUAAAGAAGAAAGAUUUGCUGCUGGCCAAUGUUUGACAUUUUGAUUGUGAUUUUUUGCUUGAGGUAAUGCUUAUAUUCCUUUGUUUCUUUGAACUUCUGGUAUAAUAAGGGUCACUAUA